GUAGGGCCUACUCGUGGUGGUACUUCCACCAACCCUUACACGAAGGAGGAGAAGGAGAAGAUGACCGCCAUUCUGCAGGAGAGGAAGGAGAAGAAAGAGGCCAAGAAGAAAGCCUUGAAGGAGGAGCAGGCGGCCAAAUUGAAGAAGAUAGAAGAAGAGAUGGCUAGAGAGAAGGAGAGGAUACAGAAAGAGGAGGAAGCAAAGUUGAAGGAGGUGGAAGAAGAAGAGGAGGAAGAAGAUGAUCAGCCACUGGAGAGGAGAAGAGAACAGCAAGGGCAGUACAGUGGUAGCAAAGAUGAUGAGAUGGAGAAGCGGAUCUCAGAGUGGGUCGCCAACUUGUCCCUGGGAGAAGAAGAAGAGGUAGCCAUGUAUAUCCCCAAGGACGAGCAGGAAGCCGGUAUGGAGUGGGAAGCAGAAAGGGAUGUUGUGAGGCGGCAUGCAAUGGAGGAUGAGACGAGGAUGGCGUGGAAGCGGAGAGUGAUGAGAGAAAAGAAGAAGAAAGUGGACGCGGCGAUUGACGCGGUCAAAGACCUAGGGGAGAUGCAGCAACUAACCCUGAGGUUGACCCCUCAGGUAGACCUUGAGAAAAAGGUAGAACUCAUUGCCCAAACUGUCGAGCGCUUAGCCCGGAUACAAGAACAACAGUACGAUUUUAGUCGAAGUCAGGACAUGGCUAUACGCUCCAUACGAAUGGGGUUUCGAGACUUUGCUCGCGAAUUGGUAGGCGCGAUAGGAUCCAAGGUGAAUCAUCGCCUCGAGAAGACUGAACGAUUUUGCGUUGGCGCCAUUGAGGGCGUCAAGGCGGCAACUCCCAAGGAGGAGGAACCACGCCCGCCGCGUAGAGAGCCAGUCAAGGUCAAAUUCCCURAUUCYUACWGUGGGAAGAGGGAAGAGAACUUUGAUAACURGGAGGCCAACGUUAAGACCUACGUGCAUUUGCAACAGGUCUCCCCGGAUCAGCAAGUUCUAAUUGCGAUCCACGCACUUAGAGAUGAGGCCGCCAGUUUCGCAAGAUCCCUUGUUCGCGCUGCCAACUGCAGUGACGAUCCCGUCGCCUAUUCGGCAUUUACUUCCCUCACUGAGUUCAUGAGAUUGCUGCGCGAGCGAUUUGCAGAUGUCCCUCGAAGUGUCAAAGCAUCAGAUAGGCUACAGACGAUCCACGCCCGCAAGUGGAAGAGUGUCAGGGCACUCAAGAGCACGAUGGAUGAAUUAAUCACUGUUCCUGACCAUGGGGUCACAGACACCCAACUGGUCGGUCUCUUCUAUCGGGCUAUCCCCGAAGCCUUGCAAUGGCACUUCUUCACGAAGAGCGAAAAUUCGGCCACUACGUAUGAUUCUCUUAGUCGUGAAGUGGUGGCCUUUGAAGCCAAGUCAGCAUCUGUGUCUACCUUCUGGCACAAAAACUUGGACAAGGGGAAGCAAUGGAAGGGCUGCACUAUCUCUGGGCAAGGGAAGACUAAGGAUAGCCUUGUCCUAACUCUAGACGAGGGUAGUGUAGAUGAGAUCCCCUACGAUCAGAUUGAGUGGGGUUAGAGGAGGAUGACAGCGGUGUGGGCCAGGGGAGGACUUACGCUGCUAUCGCGGUUGGAGGGAGGCCGCAAGGAGGACGAGGCCAGGGCCAAGGGGGCCGGGCCUCAGGGAGCCGGUUCCAGGGCGAUCAGGGGGUUGGCGGUAGAGGAGGAAACAGCCAAGCGGGAGGCAGGGGUCAAGGUCCCCCGCAAAACCAUCCUAGGAAUAGGUCACCCUAUA